AUGGGUCAACAAGUUUCAACAGAGGGUACCACACCUUACAGCGUCGCUAUUCCAGGUCAUGGAACUCUGACCGGAUACACUUUCAAGUCGCCAAGAACAGGUAAUUCUUCCGUCCAUCGAUUUGCAAAGGUUCCAUUUGCUAAGCCUAGCACUCCCGAAAACAGAUUUAAGCUCCCUGAGCCCCUUCCCUCAGACUAUGAUUAUACUGGGGAGUACAAAGAUUUUGGUCUCAAAUGUCCUCAGCCGUCUGUCCCUCACCCCCAGUUUAGAUAUACCAAGUCGCCUACCGAGGAAAACAUCUUGUACUCCAAUAUCUGGGUUCCUGCUUCGGACAAAUACAAACCAAAAGAUGGGUGGCCAGUUGUAAUUUACAUUCAUGGCGGAUUCCUUCAGUACUCUACUCCAAACAAUGAAAUGUUCAACGUCCACGAGAUGUUCGAUGACGAAGACUUUUCUCAGAAAUUCAUCUUAGUGGCCCCUGGGUACAGACUCAACAUGUUUGGUUUCCUGUCGUCCAAAGAGCUACUAGAAGAGGAUGAGAAGUGCUCUAAUCAAGGAUUCUGGGACCAAAGACUGGCCAUUGAAUGGACAUAUAAGAACAUCGAGCAUUUUGGUGGAAACCCACAAAAGAUCACAGUUGGAGGUAUUUCUGCUGGGGCAUACUCUGCUUUUUUCCAGCUUGCUUAUGAGCUGUACCAUCCAGAAGCCGAGCAGAUUAUCAAGCAGGCCAUGUUCUUCUCUAACAUGGUCUACAUUCAGCCAAAGACAAUUGCUGAAGUGCAGAAUCAGUUUGACGAAAUAAUCGAAAAGCUGGGCAUUAACCCGAAUGCCUCCUCGGCAGAAAAGCUGCACAAGCUGAGAUCUUUAGAUACGGGCUUUAUUGAAGAUUUCAUUCCUACUCUCUCAUUGCAUACCUUCAGAGCUGUCACCGAUGGCCAUUUUAUAUCACCAGACCUCAUUAAGGACAUUCGUUCAGGAAAACACGCUAAGAUGCUUCAUGAAAAAGGAGUGAGAAUUCUGAUUGGUGAGGUUGACAAUGAACUUGUUAAGUACUCCUACCUCAACACUCCCCAGACUGUUUCAGAACUUCCUCUUCAAGUUGAAAACUAUUAUCCUAAAGUUGUGGUUCCUACUCUGAUGGACUUAUACGGCGCUGAAAAGCUUGAUGAAAAUUCCCCAGAUUUCAAGGAGGACCUGAGGAAAGUUUAUGGUGCUAUCAUCUCUGACGGUCAAGUUUAUGCGUCUGCCAGAGGAUACAUAAAUUCUCUGGUUCAGAAUGGAUAUCCAGAAAAAGACAUUUACAGAUACAGAAUUAGCUUCCGUGCUAAAUGGCUUGACCAGCACAUUAGUCCGGACUUGAAUGUUCCUCAUGCAUGUGACGCACAUUUGUGGUUCUACUGUCUCAGAGAAGGGUACACAGAACCUGAAAGGCUAGUGAUCAAUAGAUGGCUGCAACCGUAUCUUCAAUUUGUGAACUUUGAACAGAACAUCACGCAGUGGCCGUCCUCUGAUGCCAGGAAAAUCAGACUUCUCAAAAGAGACGGUCAGGCAGAGUACGUCGAGGAUCCAGACUGGGAUUGGGGAGUGAAAGUUGCAACUGCAGUUUAUGAUAAACAGAUCAAGUGCCCAACAUAG